UUUCCUCCGGCUUCACCGCAGACUCUCAGGUGUUUUGAUGAAGUGUCAUGGAGGCAGUGAGCCACCAGCACUGCUGACGGUUUUCCGACUGUCUCAUUCCUCAUUUUAACCUCUCAAUCUCCCUGUCAGCUCCUCUGGUGUAAAGGUUGACAGCCAGUAAAAUCAUGGAGUCGAUGUUGAAUAAACUGAAGAGCACCGUGACCAAAGUGACGGCCGAUGUUACCAGCGCCGUCAUGGGAAACCCGGUCACACGAGAGUUCGAGGUGGGCAAACACAUCGCCAGCGGUGGUCCAGGUAUGAGCUGGAGGAUCUACAAUGGCACCAAGAAAUCUACAAAACAGGAAGUGGCCGUAUUUGUGUUUGACAAGAAGGUCAUUGAUCGCUAUCAGAAGUUUGAGAAGGACCAGAUUAUCGAUUCACUGAAGAAAGGAAUUCAACAGCUUACCAGAUUACGACAUCCACGUCUCCUGACGGUUCAGCACCCGCUUGAAGAGUCCAGAGACUGUUUGGCGUUUUGCACAGAGCCUGUGUUUGCCAGCCUAGCGAAUGUGCUCGGCCAGUGGGACAACCUGCCCAGUCCUGUUCCCACAGACAUCAAAGAUUACAAACUCUACGAUGUAGAGACCAAAUACGGCUUACUGCAGGUCUCAGAGGGUUUGUCGUUCCUCCACAGUGGAGUUAAAAUGGUUCAUGGUAACUUGUGCUCAGAGAACAUCAUCCUGAAUAAAAGCGGAGCCUGGAAGAUCAUGGGCUUUGACUUCAGCAUCUCCUCCAGCAACCCGUCUGAUGCUGAGCCCAAGUAUGUGUGUAAAGAGUGGGACCCCAAUCUCCCGCCUCUUUGCCUCCCGAACCCAGAAUAUGUGGCUCCUGAAUACAUCCUGUCGGUCAGCUGUGAUUCAGCCUCUGACAUGUACUCACUGGGCGUCUUGAUCCACGCCGUGUUUAAUGAGGGCAAGCCUGUCUUUAAGGUCAACAAGCAGGACAUAUUCAAGAGCUUCAGUCGACAGCUGGACCAGCUGAGUCAUCUGAGUCCAGGAGUGUUGAGUCAGAUCCCCGAGGAGGUCAGACAACAUGUGAAGAUGCUGCUCAGCGUCACCUCCAACGUGCGUCCAGACGCAGACCAGAUGACAAAGAUUCCCUUCUUCGAUGAUGUUGGAGCGAUGACUCUUCAGUACUUCGACUCGCUUUUCCAGCGGGACAACCUACAGAAGUCUCAGUUCUUUAAAGGACUCCCGAAAGUGCUGCCUAAGCUGCCCAAGAGAGUUGUUGUGUAUAGAAUCCUUCCAGCCCUUAUGUCUGAGUUUGUAAAUCCUGACAUGGUGCCCUUCAUUCUUCCAAACGUGCUGCUCAUUGCUGAGGAGUGUACAAAAGAGGAGUAUGUGCGCCUCGUUCUCCCCGACCUCACCCCAGUUUUCAAAAUGCAGGAGCCAGUACAGGCCAGCAACAUGAUUCUGCUGAUAUUUUUGCAAAAGAUGGACUUGCUUUUGACCAAAACGCCUCCUGAAGACAUCAAGAACAGUGUUCUGCCUAUGGUUUACAGAGCAGUGGAGGCCCCUUCUGUUCAAAUACAGGAACUUUGUCUUAACAUCAUUCCCACAUUUGCCAAUUUGAUUGAGUACCCAUCUAUGAAGAACUCUCUUAUUCCUCGUAUCAAAUCUACCUGUUUACAGACAUCCUCACUGGCGGUGAGGGUGAACUCUUUGGUUUGCCUUGGGAAGAUACUGGAGUAUCUGGAUAAAUGGUUUGUCAUUGAUGAAAUUCUACCAUUCCUGCAGCAGAUUCCAUCCAGAGAACCAGCUGUGCUCAUGGGCAUUCUGGGCAUCUACAAGUGCACUUUUACCCAUAAGAAACUGGGCAUCCCAAAGGAGCACCUUGCUGGAAAAAGUUUACCUCAUCUUGUGUCGCUUAGUAUUGAUAACAACCUUAACCUUAACCAGUUUAACUCUUUCAUGGCUGUGAUCAAGGACAUGUUGACUCGCAUGGAGGCCGAACACAAGGUCAAACUGGAGCAGCUACACAUCAUGCAGGAGCAGCAGAGGAGUUUAAAUAUUACAAACCCCAUAAACCAAUCAGAGGACACAAAGAGCACACCAAGCCCAGCCACGCAAGUCAGAGAUAUCGAUGACAUCUUUGGUGGCAGUUCAGCAAAUGCCGGCGUGAAUGGUAAAGAAAACGGUUCAUCCACUGUCUCGCAGCCUUCUCGGGUGUCUCUCACAUUGGAAGAAAAGCAGCGAUUGGCUAAAGAACAGGAACAGGCUGCUAAACUAAGAAGUCAGCAGCCUUUAGCUCCACAGAGCAUCAAAUCAGCCACGACAACACCUCAGGCAAAGGAUCUAACCAGCAGUCUUCUGAACAACAUGACGUCCCUCAACAACAUGUCCUUAAACUCUGGCACCAGAACGAUGCCCAUGCAGGGCAACACUAUCUCAUCCACCUUCCCGGCAGCACCGACCAUGGGUGGAAUGAGUACCAUGAGCGUCAGCAAUGGCUUCAAUUCCCCCAUUGGUUUCCAGACGGGAGGAAUGGGGAUGGGAAUGAGAGCUCCCACUCCUGCCCUCUACGGCGGCAUGGCCACCACAACCAGUACUCCAAAUUUCAGUGCCCUCACCCAAAAUCAUAACCAAAACCAGCCCGGCAAACCCCCAGACAUGUCAGCACUAGACUCUCUUUUCGCUUCUAACAAACCCAAAGUCAGCCUGAACCAAAUGGCCCCUAAACCGACCCCAGGAACCAAUGCACCUUCUCCAUGGAUCAAUCAGUUUGGAUCAGGCCAACCUCCCCAAUCUGCACCCAUACAGUCAAAUCCGAUGGGGAUGUCAGGAGUUCAGGGUGGUUUUGGCAUGCAAGCAAAUCCGUUCUUUAACCCUCAGAACUUCUCGCAACCUGCGGCCUCUUCCACAAUGAACACUGGGAUGAUGAAGCAAAGCGCAUCGGUCAACAAUGACCUUAAAGACCUUUUCGGAUAAAACGUAUGCCUUUUGGUUAACAUUUGUGUGCGAUUUUAAAAAGGAAAGAAAAUCAUCGGCCAAGAUAACAGUCGAAAUGUUGGUGGUAAACUAUGGGAUCCUUGAAGAACAGUGUUUAAAUAGGGUUUUCAGUCUUUUUUUUUUGCUCAUAACAAUGGUUUGCCUUCUUCAAACAGUCGACUUAUGUGUGAAUCAAAAUCAGCCGACACAAAACAAACACAUUUCUAUUGAAAGAUUGGGCUCUUCUCCAGAAAGCAGCUUCUGUCGGUUGUUGUUGUUUAUUUUCUGUAUCAUUUAAUGCAAAAAGAUUCACUCGGAAAAGGGGUGAAAAAGUUGAGGCAUCUAUUGAAGCUCAGUAUCUGGCUUCACUUUCACCUCACAUUUAAAUCUUGCUGAAUGAGCCACCUUUUUGUAACAGGACAAAUGUCAUUGAUGGCUGGAUUUGGCUAUGGAUUUGCUGAUAGAGUCUCACAAAAGUGUUCACUUUUAUAUGUUAAAGAAAACACUUUACUCUUUAGUUUAACCAUUAUUUUGAUGCAUUUAGACAAACUCCAAGUCUGGCGGGAGCACUUUUAGCUUAGCUUAGCAUAGACAAUUAAAUCAGAUUAGACCAUUAGCAUCUCACUCAAAAACACCCAUGUAGUUUGAAAAUUUUCUUAUUUAAAGACUCUUCUGUAGCUAUAUUGUUUACUAAGAAUGAUGGAAAGUGGUUGAAUGAGAGUAUAGUUCAUAGCCAUAUCAGCCUAGAAAAUAGCAAUUUCAAAAAUAGCAACUUUUCAUUUUCCAUCAGUUUUAGUACAUGAACAAGUACAAAAGAAUUACUGAAACUCUUAGGACAUUUUUGAGUGAGCUUUACAGUAUAAUCAGAUUCCUAUGCUAAGUUAAAAAGUGCUUCAGCCAGAGAUUGAUGGAAUAGAAUCAAAACUGGUAAAACUCAACUUCGAGUGGUAAAAUAAGCCUAUUUCCAAAAAAGUGGAAUGUUCCUUUAAGUCAUAGAUAUUAAACCUGAUUUCUGGAGGGCUGCAGCUCUGCAGUUUUGCUCCAACCCUAAUCAAACACAGCUGAUGCAACUAAUCAAGGUGUUCAAGGUAAUUAUUUGGAUCAGCUGUGUUUGAUUAGAAUUAUAAGCGAUAAGCAAAUGAAGAUGAGGUGCACAUAGUCGGGCCUGAAUGAGUCAUUUUAUAAUGUGUUCUUUGUGUAUAUACUCUGUAUAUGGUGAUUUGUUGCUUGAGUUUUAUACUGAUACAUGAUCCAUUGAGGUGAAACUUCUUAAAUAAGGACACUGGUAUACUGUAGGUGCACUAAAUGUUAUAGAGCUAAAAAAAAACUAUUGGGUUUGAGAUGUCUUGGGAUAUCGUCAGUACUUUAAAGUGAGUUUGUUUGUCUUUGUUAUGGCUUCUGUAAGACAGAAUUCGAAAGCCUCCUUUAUGGAACACUUGCAAAAUGAAUGUCUGUUUGAAACUUCUUAGGCGAAUCGCAUGAAAAUGGUCAUGUUUCAAUCCAAAAUCAAAACACCAUGUCAGGUUUGCUUAUUUGUGAAAACUGCAAGUAAAAUGUUCAUUGCAGUUAAAAAUAAAAUUAAAUCAGUACAUUGGAUACAACUCAUGACAAUAUAUUUUAUGUGCAUCAGGUUUCAGUGAUAUUUAAUAUCAUAUUUUUUCAUGUUACAGUAGUAACUGUGGAAUUAAUAAGAAUUGCGGUAAUGAGAAAUCUAUUUUUUGAUAAUGCUAACUAAUAUAUUUCUUUUUCACAUUCCAGAUAUCCUUCUUUAGCAUUUUUUGUAAUGAGAUAAAUCGGGAGUUCUCAAAUUUAGUCCUAGAGAUCCAGUGUUCUGCAGAUUUUAGCUCUAACUUGCCUCAACAAACCUGCAAGGAUGUUUCUAGAAAGCCUAGUAAGAGCUUGAUUAGCUAGCCUAGUGUCUGAUUGGGAUUGGAGCUAAAUCAUCAGGACACCUGACUUCCAGGACCGUGAUUGAGAAUAAGAUAAAUUAUUACAUUUUUUUUGUCACAUUGCUGGAAUUUUUUAUUGCAUUUUAGUAAUGAUAUAGCAAUAUUUAUUUUCUUUUUGCUCCAAGGAAAAUUAAGAUAAUGAUUAAGUUUGUUUUUUUCCAUAUUGGAUGUUUCAGCAGUGAAAUUUUCACAUUACGGCACGCGUGUCAAAUCUAGUUCCUGGAGAGCCACAGCUCUGCACAGUUUAAUUUCAACCCUUAUUUAACACACCUGGUCAAACUAAUUGAGUCCUUCAGGCUUGUUUGAAACCUACAGCUAAGUGUGUUGAAGCAGGGUUGGAACUAAAGCAGAGCUGUGGCCCUCCAGGAACUGGAUUUAAAAAAAAAAAAAAAAGGUCACAAAUAGGCAUCUUAUGCAAAUUAAAUGUUCUGCAUAUUUAGAUUUUGGCUUGAAACAUGAUUUUUUCCCCCCUGCUGAAUCGCUGGAAAAUGGUAAACGGUUGCACAAAUUGAUUGCAGCAGCUUGUUUACCACUAAGAUUUAAGAUAGAAGAGCGUGUUUCUUCAAUGAAGCUUGAUGUGUUUGUUUCCCUUUCAGUUCUCUGCUGUUACUUCCUGCUCUGUCUUUGUUAAGAAAUCUGUAUUAUUGUUGCGUUUCUUAAGAAAGUUAGUUACUGGUCAUAUCAUGUCGAUACAUUGUCCACUUUUCUUUUUUCGGGGGGUAGUGGGGUGGGGCAGUUUCCAGUUGUGAAUCGUGACCAAUUCAAUUCCAUAUCAUGUUGUUUUGUAUCAUGACCAAACAAAAUGCUGCAACACAGCAUAUCACCAAAAUGUGUAUUAUUUCUGGAAAAAAAGAUGAAGUGUACAGUAUAUAGAGAGGAACUGCCACUUUAUUUUUUUCGUCAUUUUGUUUUUAUCAAUACUUGCGAGUGAAUCACUUUCCUGAGGAGAAUUUUUAAUAUCCAGACAGGUUUUACUCAAAGGGAAUGAGAGGCCUUAUGUUGAGAGUUGUGCAAUAACAGGUCUGUGUUGGAGAUUGUAUAAAUCAAUCACUUUUCUGUACGAGUGUUUCUGUACAUGCAGUUUUCAGAUUAAUUAUUGUAGAUAAAACGUCUGGAUUGUUUUAAUUUAAAGAAUGUGAACUGGAUUGUUGGUAAAAUGGUGAUUUUUGGAAUCAAAUAAAUUGAUUAUUAAAGGGUAAUACCUUUUCACUUCCAA